AUGUCUACCCAGAAAGUCCUCAGGCUUGCUUCCAAGGGUGCUGGCUACGAAGCGAUCACAGAGGAAGCUGAACCCAUCCCCAAGGCACAUUCUCACGAAGUCGUCAUCAAAGUGCACGCGUCGACACUGAAUUACCGCGACCUGGCAAUUGCAAAUGGUUCCUACCCUUUCAAAGUCAAGGACAACUUCGUCCCUCUCUCCGACUGCGCAGGAACGAUCGCUGCUGUAGGGCCAAAUGUGACGGCCUUUGCCAAGGAAGACGUCGUGAUCGCCAAUUUUGAUGUUACAAACCAGUAUGGACCACAACAAGACUGGGAGAAUGGACUGGGAGGCCCCAUAGAUGGCGUUGCCCGGCAAUACGUUACGCUCCCGGCCAGCUGUGUCGUCAAGGUCCCCAAGGGCACGUCACUCACCUGGCCUCAGCUAGCAGCACUCGUAUGCACAGGCACGACAGCCUGGAAUGCAUUGUACGGCUGCAUCCCUCUCAAACCAGGCCAAUGGGUCCUUUUCCAAGGCACCGGAGGUGUUUCCAUGACCGGCCUUCUCCUCGCCAAAGCCGCGGGCGCGAGAACAAUCAUCACGUCGUCCUCGGAUGAGAAGCUGGAGAAAGCCAAGACCGAAUACGGCGCAGACCACGGCAUCAACUAUACUACUACUCCUGAAUGGGGCGCUGAAGCCAAGAAGCUGACUGAAGACCGCGGCGUAGACAUCAUCUUCGAGAACGGCGGCUCCGGCACAAUCGCCCAGUCCUUCGAAGCCGUCGCACGAGGCGGACAGAUUGCAGUGAUUGGCUUCCUCAAGCCCGCUUCACAAGAAGACAUGCCCGACGUGGCCACGCACGUUCUCGAUAAGGGGUGUGUGGUACGCGGCGUCAACGUCGGCUCGAAGCAGUUGACACAAGACCUGGUGAACUUUGUCACGAGCAAGGAGCUGGGCAUUCCGAUCGAGAAGAGCUUCAAGUUUGACAAGGAGCAGGUCAUUGAGGCGUAUAAAGAAUUGGAGAAGCAAGAGCAUGUGGGUAAGAUUGCCAUUGAAGUUGUGAGUUGA